CCUUCUGGAAGACGGGAUCGAUGGCAAUGAUGGAGGAGGAAAAUAAUAAAAAGAAGAAGGUGAAGAAGAGGGGUGGGUUUGGCCAUAAGAGAAAAACAGCGAAAGAAUUCCCACAGACUGUUGUUUUCGAGUCAACUACAAAGGACUGUGGAAAGCCUGUGCAAGAACAGACUCAGACGGAGACUGAGAGGAACAAACCAAAGGUGACAAACCUUGAUAUUGUUCCUGUUAUUCUUGUCAGGAAAGCAUUUGACUCUGUCUUCCCAGUUUCAUGUACAAUCAAGCAGCAAUACGGUUCAUGGGAAGCUGUCCCACUUUGCAAUGAUAUGGUAGAGCACAUACAUAUCCAGGUUCAGAAAGAGGCAUUGAAAUACCAAAACCAAAGACUGUUCUUACGCACUCUGAGGAAGCUCAACGAUGAGCCGGACAUCAUGGCCAAAUUCUUAGAAGACGUCUCACUCUCUAUCAGGAGCAAUUACCUCAGGACUUUCCAUGAGUGGCCAAUGGUUAAAGCCCAGCUAUACCCAGAAAUACAGCCUCUGCUGGUCUGCGAUAUCAUGGUCAGAGAGAUAAUGGCUCACCUGAGGCCUACCUUGACCUUCGCCAAGGACACCAAGAAGGGUGAUGACCGGCCAUACUGCAUCAACAUCCCGGUCAAGAGAGAGACCAGAACCCCUGUUGAUACAGAAAAGACCAAGCUGGAGCUUUGCAUUGAGAAAGCCAGCGCUGACAGAAUGAAGGAACUCCUCACCCCACUUGAGAAGGAACCCUUCUGGAAGACGGGAUGGAUGGCAAUGAUGGAGGAGGAAUAUAAUAAAAAGAAGAAGGAGAAGAAGAAGGGUUGCGGCUGGUUCUGGGAUUUGUUUGGCCGUAAGAAAAAAAACUGCGAAAGAAUUGUGGAUGGAGGAUUGUUGCAGGCGCGAAUACUAGAAAUCACAUCCACACAAACCAAGUGUAUGGACGCACACACAUUUACACAGAGACAGACAUAACAACAAGGCCUACCUCAGAUCCCAAAAAGACAUUGUAUGUUGCCUGUCUAAUACUGUCUUAUUUUCCAUUUUGGGAUACAGGAUGUGUAUUUAUAGCUUACCAGAGACUGUUUUGGCACCAAACAAUUUUCUCUCUGAACUUUUAUUUGAAAAAUAAACACUUUAUUUGAA